AUGGCUGCCAGGACAAGGAUUGCUCAAAGAUGCACUGCUAUCAAGUACCACUUUUCUCAGCCAGUACGCUUACACAAUGCCCCCUUCAACCUUACACAUAUAACCCACCAGGGUGAAUGGCAUCUGUUCCAUAAAAAAAUCAUGGCCGGACUCCCAAGCAUGGCUCCAGCUAUUCUUCUAUUUGGGUGCAUCGUGGCAUCAGUCAGCUUCAUUAGGGAGGAAAGCCCCACCCAGCACACUGCAGGUCUGCCUGGCCUAAUGUUUGAAAUAUUUUGCACCAUAUCUCUGUGCACUUUUGCAGCCAGUGUAUCAUAUGACCUAAACCACCUCCCCACAUGUGUCUAUAAUCUUCCUGAUGAUGUAGAGGGAUAUGUAUUUUGUACUUGGUGCAUUCUGGGAUUUACAGUAGCAGCCAGGUGUCUUUGCACAGCUUACUCAUUUGUUAGCAGAGGCAACAUGCAGCUCAAGUCCACCAGAAACUCCUCGGUCAAGGCAGAAAUACUCUCUCCACCAAGAAAGUUUAUAACACCAAGAAGAUUUAACUUGGUUCCACCUUGUAUGAAGAGCACAAUUGGCAUGGGUGACACUAAACUGGGGGUGGUGGUGGUGGUGGCUACCAUAACAAACAGGAAAAAUGCCACUCGGAGGAGCCCCAGUCAGCCUGAGAGGUAG